GACCUCUCUCUUGAUUUACUACACAGUGUCCUCCGUACAAGAGGUAAACUUCCUAUCAUUUGUUAGUCCUGAUGCUAUCAUAACGCGCACAUCCCACCGCUUUCCAUAAUAAACGUACAUCGAUUCCAGUGUCGAAAGGAGAAGAAGAAGAAAAAUAAGAAAUAAUCAAGAACCUUCCACAAUCCACAUCCUCAUCCAUAUCCACAACACCCACCCACAUCCACAUAGCUAAAAGCGACAUUCAGCUCCUCGAAGGUGGGGUAGUGCCGAAUUGUGGGAUAAAACAAUACAAAUGAGGGAGCGAGAGCGUUUGGAGAUGGGGAUAUUGAUCGACAAGUGAUUCAAAGCGCUGAACUUACAAGAAAUCCUCCCUCACAGCCUUCUCACAGCAAUCGCGAAUUUAUUGAUUUUGCGAUUUUCGUGUCAGCAUCACCAUUCACCAAGAUGAAUUCACCACCAGAUGUCAAUACUCCGACGGUGCCUCGCAGGCCAGCAUUGAGGGCAGAUACCGAUGACCUCCAUAGCCCCAAGAGUGGACCAACCAAAGUCGUCUCAAUUGCGGAGCCAGAACCAGAAGACAUACAAGAAUUCGAACUUCCUCCUACAGACGAAUCUUCAAGAAUAAAACAUUUCAGCGCCGGCGUUGCAAAAAGAAUGACAGGCCGACCAAACAUGCCUUCUGCCAGUUCCUCCAAACUGUCUCUCCGAAGUCAGACUAGCUUAGAAGAACCAAGUCGCGAUGAUCCUUCCCCGGAAUCCUCAAAAGCCAAUGAUGAAUCAAAGCAUCAUCAUCACCGCGAUAAACUUCUUUCUCAAGUUGCAGAGUGGCUGCACUCGGAAAAGGCGAAGAGAAAUUCCCGAAAAGCAAAUAAAAAGGACACCAAGGAGAACGAGGCGCAGGCUGAGAAUUUGUCUCACAGAGGAAUAGCUUCAAAACCAAGAACAAUGUCUGAUAGUUCCACUUCAAGCGCUCUUUCUUUAGAAAAGUUGCAGAGAAUUUUGGAAGAUAACAUGUUAGAUCUCGGUCACAAUCAACUUCCGCACCUCAAUUCCCCCAAGCGACAAUCGAGAAAACGAUCCCUUGUUCGUCCUUCGCUGAAAGCUUCUCCAUCAUCCGAUACCGAAUAUCACGAAGGAGAUAUUGUGGUUCCAUCUUGUGAUGUGAUUCUUGAUAACUCAAAAACGCUUGCAUACAGUGGUGGCGCUGGAUCUUCCAUGGAAACAACCACAUUAAGCAAUGCGAAACGAGCCGAAAAGGAAAGAAAAGCGUGGAUUCAGUUCAAGAAUGAAAUUGUGAGAUUGGCACAUACACUCAGAUUGAAAGGAUGGAGAAGAGUCCCAUUAGAUCGAGGUCAUGAGAUUGAAGUGGAACGAUUAAGUGGUGCUCUUACAAACGCCGUUUAUGUUGUUACUCCGCCUGCAGAUUUACCACCAUCUGCGAGUAGUACGAAUCUUUCAACCAAGAGUCAAAAAUCCCCUCCAAAGUUAUUGCUUCGAAUUUAUGGUCCUCAGGUGGAGCAUUUAAUUGAUAGAGAAGCGGAGUUGAGUAUUUUGAGAAGAUUAGCUAGAAAGAAGAUUGGACCCAGAAUGUUGGGAACUUUCAGAAAUGGUCGAUUUGAAGAAUUUUUCAAUGCUCAGACUCUUACAGCUCAAGAUCUCAGAAUUCCUGAAACUAGUAGGAAAAUCGCGAAACGUAUGAGAGAGCUGCACGAUGGUGUUGAAUUACUUCAAGAAGAAAGAGAUGAUGGUCCAUUUGUGUUCAAGAAUUGGGAUAAAUGGGUUGAUAGAUGUGAGAAGAUUACCACGUAUCUUGACAAACAAAUUUUGGAAGGAGAUUCUAGUAAAAGCGUUAGAGGCGAAAGUUGGAGAGAUAGAGGAUUAGUUUGUGGUGUUGAAUGGCCUGUUUUCAGAACUGCUGUUGAAAAAUACAGGCAAUGGUUAGAGGAGAGUUAUGGUGGAAAAGAGGGGUUAAGUCGUAGAUUGGUAUUUGCUCAUAACGAUACACAAUAUGGCAAUAUUCUACGCUUAGUACCCGAGCCACCUGUUAACGGAUCAGCACCCUCCCCUCUUCUCCUUCCAAUGAAUCACCACAAACAGCUGGUGGUCAUCGAUUUCGAGUACGCAAGUGCAAAUACCCCUGGCCUAGAAUUUGCCAAUCAUUUCACAGAAUGGUGUUACAAUUACCACGCGCCUGCUCCAAUGACUUGGACUUGUGACACUAGAAAUUAUCCAACAGUCGAAGAACAAAAGAGAUUCGUCAGAGCAUACCUCAAUCAUCGUCCUCAUUUCAAUCCUCACGCUAACUCGACUCCAAAAUUGGAAGGCAAAGAUGCACCACCAGGUAGUAUCAAAGAAUUCAUGUUGGAUAGUCGAACGCCAGGUGGCGAGAAGGAUACUCCGACUAGUAGUGUAAAUCUAUAUGCAGAAGAAGAGGCAAGAAGAGAGCAAGAAACGGAAAAGCAAGUCGAAGAGAUUCUUCAAGAAAUCCGGAUUUGGAGAUUGGCAAAUAGUGCACAAUGGGUUGCUUGGGGAAUUGUACAAGCUAAAGUUCCCGAGUUGGACGAUGCGCCAGCGUUUGUCGUGACGCCAGAUGAAAUUGACGGGCCUCAAGAUGGGAUUCUUGAACAUGCAAAUCCCGAGGAUAUGAAGAUGAAAACGGAAGAUGAGAGGGAAAUCAAGAUAGAAGAACAAGUCGAGGAGGAAGAAGAUGAGUUUGACUAUCUGGGGUAUGCGCAAAGUAGAGCACUUUUCUUUUGGGGAGAUGUAGUUGGGUUGGGAAUUAUGAAGAAAGAGGAGUUACCCGAGGGGUUGGCAGAGAGGAUCAAAGUCUUGGAAUGUUAGAAGAGGUGUGUGGGGUGUCAGAAGAGCUCAAUGAUGAGUGUACAAUUUGAGCCCAACGAAGGCGAUCAUGGGGAGAAGGGGCUGCUUCUAACAAUCAAUGUCAACGGGCAAUUCAUUAUGGAAGCGAGCGAGGUCCAAACAUUAUGAGUUACGAUAUCUAUACAUUUUAAACUCAGACAUAACAAAGAAUCUAGGGUUAUUGCAUUUGACGAGCGAUUGUCAUAUAGGAGUUAAAACGGUGCAUAAUACUUGAGUACAGAUAGAUGAUGGAUAGAAAACAUAACAUAGCAUAUAGAAAUUGAGGGAAUUCAUUUACAAGUUUCGCCA